AAGGAUUUCAUUAGAUUACGUUUUGUAUCAUGUAAACUACAAAUACAAGUUAGGCUAGGCAAGUUAAAGUUGAUAAAUAAGUGAAUAAAGCUUUAUUAUCGUCAGUAAUAUAUUUCCUUUAAUGCGAUAAUGAUGAGCUGGAGCUAUUUAAAACAUUUUAAUUGGUUGUUUGUUUGUUUUUUUUUAUAUAAUAUAAAUCAAAGUAGCUGUAAAAAAUAAAUCAUAUUUGGAUGAUCGAAAGGUGAUGGAUGGAGAGAUGACGCACUCCUGACGCAACGUCAAGCAGACGGAAAAGUGGCAACGCCUUACAGACAGCGACCAUACAGCUGCCGGAUACUGUACUCAGAAAGGGUCUAACUUCACUACAGAGCUGUACGAGAAGGUCGAUCUUCUUAAACUUGCACAUGUCCAGCUGCCUUCUCUCUGCUCUGAAGCUCGGUCUGCUCAUUCCUGUCAGCUUUUCGUUCUGAGAAUGGUUCUGAGAGUCAUUUCACAGUGGAGAGUUCCAAAUAUGCGAAACAUCAAGGCAAGAAAUGUAUUGAUGGCAGUAGCGCUUGGUGUUUUGCUCCUCCACCUCUAUAAAGAUUUUGUUGACAACAAAGAUAUACGUUUUCACACUGAUAGGAGAGAGAGCCACAUCCAAUUAAGGGAAGCCACCAAAAACAGCUCAUAUGUAUUCUCAUGGCCAAGAUGUCAACAAAACACCUCUGCUGCCAACAUCACGGGGUUCAGCUCUCUACCUAAUAAUAUAAAAGACUUUCUCUACCAUCGCCACUGUCGCCAUUUCCCCAUGCUACUGGACGUUCCUGACAAAUGCGGAGGAGCUAAUGAAUCUGGAGAUGUUUUUCUUCUGCUGGUCAUUAAAAGCGCUCCCGCGAACUAUGAACGCAGAGAGGUGCUACGCAAAACGUGGGCCAAAGAGAGGUUGCACAACGGUGUGUGGAUUCGACGGAUCUUCAUCUCCGGCACGUCAGGUGGUGGUUUUGAAAAGGAAAGACUGAACAAGCUUCUCGAGGUUGAGCAACGUGAGCAUAAUGACAUCCUCCAAUGGGAUUUCAGUGACACAUUUUACAACCUCACCUUGAAGCAGAUACUCUUCCUGGAAUGGAUGGAAAGAAACUGUCCGAAUGCUCGCUUCCUGCUAAACGGUGAUGAUGACGUCUUUGCCAACACGGGUAACAUGGUUGAGUAUCUGCAAAGCCUCAAGGACAAUGACGGAAGCAAGCACCUCUUUACUGGCCAUCUGAUCCAAAAUGUGGGACCCAUUAGAUCAUCAGGCAGCAAGUACUUUAUUCCUGUUCAGGUGCAGGAGUCAGACUCAUACCCUCCUUACUGUGGUGGUGGGGGCUUCCUGCUCUCUGGCUAUUCAGCUUCAGUCAUAUACAAUAUGUCCAAGUCCAUUACCAUUCUUCCCAUUGAUGAUGUUUACAUGGGGAUGUGUCUGGCCAAGGCAGGGCUUGGCCCUGCUUCCCAUAUGGGUGUCAAGACAGCAGGAUUCUACAUUCCAUCCAAAAAUCUAGAUGAAUACCAUCCUUGCUUUUAUAGAGAAGUGUUACUGGUACACAGAUUCCUUCCAGCUCAGUUGUAUCUAAUGUGGCACAGGAUACAUGAUCCAAAGCUACGAUGUGAUCCCCCUAAGUAAAGGCUUUUGUUACACCAAACUAUAACUUAUAGGCAACAACAGAGCUUACUGACAUUCCAAUUCUGAUCGCUUCCAGCUCAAAUGGUCAUAGAAGUGGAAAAGUAUAUCUUUUCCACAUACUGCAUGGAUCAAAAGGUUUUGCUUUUUAAUUUAAUUCUACGUACUGUUUUCUGCAGUUUUAAAUAUGGUGAAAUCUGAACAGACAGAUGCACAGCACUGGCUGUUGUGUUACAAAUACAUUAUAUUUAGUUUUUGUGUCACCAAAAGCUGCAUCUUUCUUUACCAGAUUGUCUAAUGUCACUUAGCAGGUACGAUACAGUUGGAUUGUUAGAUCAUGUUUCUGCUGGAAAAUGGACGCUUUCUGCAGGGAAAAGAAUGGAUGAGAACCAUGAGAUUUGGCCAUGAAGUCUGUCUGCCAGUCCAUGAAAUUUAAAGCUCAACAACCAAAAAAGGCUGAAAGCUUAGAGCUGUUGAGAUGGGUGACUCAAAUGUAGCCAUUGAUUAAUGGUACCAUAAACUGUUAGUGAAGUAAAUGUGCACAUCUGUAAAAAAUUAACAACAUUAAGGCCUGGAUCUUUAAGGAAUUAUCUUCUGCAGUUACCACCCUACUGCUACAUAGAUUGUCAACUACAGUUACAGGGACACUUUCUAAGAUGGUAGCACAACUACUACCUGGUGUUUUCCUACUAUUAAUGCAUAUAUCCAAGUGCAAGUAAUGUUGCUGGCUCUGUCCUGUUAUUUAUGGGAUAUGGCAGCACCAAUCUCAGGGUUUAGGACAACACUAUGUGAGCAGCCUUUAAGUGUAAAGUUAAGCCUCUUUUAGAGGAUUCUCAUUGUAAAAUUAGUCCACAUUAGUAAAGUCAUCGGGUCUGAGAUUUUCUUUUAAUUUUAAUUCAAUUCAAUUUUAUUUAUAUAGCACCAAAUCACAACAACAGCCGUCUCAAGGUGCUUUAUAUUGUAAGAUAAAGACCCUACAAUAAUUGAAUAAUGCAUUUUAAUUAGCAAUAAUUAAUGUUGCAUGAAAUGUCAAUGUAGCUACAACUGAUACAAACUAAAAGUGAAAGAUCUAUGUUUUAAUUGACUAAAGAUCUCAGCUGGAGCACAGCUGCAUUUUACCUACCUCUAUCCAAAAUUAAGGACGUUAAAAAUUGCCAAAGAUUUCAAAAUUAAUUGAAACGUUACCAAUGCGGGCACAGUGAACUGUCAGCUGAUGUAAUAAAUUAGGCUGUGGACACUGAGUAGUUCUUCCUUCAACCAGCUGUAAAUCAAAUAAAAAUUUUAAGAAUUUAUUGUAAUAUUUAAUUCAUACUUUCUGUUUUGUUUUCUUUCUGCAUGUAGAUUGCCUGCUAAGGUUUGCUUCGGUGUGUAAAGUGUGGGAAAAUCAAAAACAGAUGACAUAUAAUCAACCAGUUGAGAGGCAAAGUGCCUUGAAUUACUAUGGUUCAUCUAUAUGGGACUUUUCAUGCUAUGAUUGUAUGAGAGUGUAUUUUGUGGGUUAAUAGAUUAUAGUUGCCAUCAAUUGUGUGUGUGUGUGUGUGUGUGUGUGUGUGUGUUUUGUAACUAGAGCUGUGUAUUUAUUCACAAUACUCUGACUACCAAUUCAUUCACAAUAAUAAGAAGAAGAAAUGUUAUUUAUGUUGCAUUUUUCUUGACAAAGUUAUUGAGUGCUUAAAACUACAUUAAGACAUCAAAAAAUAUUAAAAGAAAAAAGACAAAGGCAAAUAAUGAAGCACUCCUAAAAACAGCAUUUUUACUCAUGUUUGCUGUUGAUUGUUUCAUUAUUUUAAAUUCCACAUAUGCCAUAUUAUGCACCUGAUAUUACAGCCUAACAAUGUCCGGUUCCAGGUGCGAUGGUAAAACCGUCUUGCGAAAUAUACCAUACUAUUUCUCAGGGUUUCUUAAGACUAAAAGUGUAUUUUUUUUAAAUCUUUUUCAUUUUGUUAAGCUUUCUUGUUUUGCUUGUUAUAGCUUCAAUAUUUGUGUUACACAAAGGGAUUUGUGCCUUAUAUCAGUGUUCAACAGAACGCGUGCAUAUGAUUUCAAUUGAGACUUGCAGAACAUCACACUCAGGUGUCAAUCAUAGCCAUUACAAGUGGGUGUCAGUAAGUAAUCCAAUGUAAGAUCACUGUUUCUCAAAGGAUCAUUACCCAUUGUUGUAUAUUAAAUAUGCUGAAUUGAAUAUAUAGACAAAUGUUCAAAUAAGUUUAAUUUUAAUGCUGCUAAGUAGGAGGUUAUAUGUUGUGUACUGCAUACACUGUUAAAUCUUCUUAAUCUAAAAACUGUAUACAUAAUUAUGACCUUUUUCUGGGUGUACCUGCAUAAGAUAUUUCCAGAGGAUUAUUUUGUAAUAA